UAUAAACGAGCGACCAAAACCCUCGUCCAUUCUUCCCCACCGCCGCCUCGCCCUCUCUCGCCGAAGUGCCGCUCCGCUUCCGCCGAAGAAUCACCAAUGGCCCCGACGUCGAAGAUGGCGCUCGGCAUAAAGCGGACGUCGAGGUCGCGCACCUACCACCGCCGCGGGCUUUGGGCCAUCAAGGCCAAGCACGGCGGCGCCUUCCCUAAGGCCGAGAAGCCGGCCGCCGUCGCCGAGCCCAAGUUCUAUCCCGCCGAUGAUGUCAAGCCACGCACCUUCAGCACACGCAAGCCCCAUCCCACCAAGCUCAGGUCGACCAUCACGCCGGGCACGGUGCUGAUCCUGCUCGCGGGGAGGUACAUGGGGAAGCGCGUCGUGUUCCUCAAGCAGCUCAAGUCCGGCCUGCUCCUCAUCACUGGACCUUUCAAGAUCAAUGGCGUGCCAAUCCGCAGAGUGAACCAGGCUUAUGUCAUUUCCACAUCCACAAGGCUCGACAUCUCCAAGGUUAAUAUGCAAAAGUUUGAUGACAAGUACUUUGCUAGGGAGAAGAAGACUAGGGCAAAGAAGUCUGAGGGCGAGCUGUUUGAGUCGGAGAAGGAUGCAACGAAGAAUCUGCCCGACUUCAAGAAGGAUGACCAGAAGGUCAUUGACACUGAGUUAAUCAAGGCUAUAGAUGCUGUCCCAGACCUUAAAAGUUAUCUUGGUGCCCGGUUCUCCCUCAGGGAUGGCGACAAGCCGCAUGAGAUGACCUUCUAAGUUAUCUGGUACAAGUUUCAAGAUCUGUGGAAAGUCUUUUUUCUCUAGCGUAUGUUCUGGUUCUGUACUUCUGAUUUUUUUGGCUGGUUGGUGAACCUUUGAUUUCUACCUGUUAAAUAUUUUGAGAAGAUUAUUGGAAGUACCACCCCCUCUA